UUGCGUGGGGAAGACGUCGUUAGCCGAGCUGUGGGGAGAGGAGGGGCCACUCCUCCGCAGACCACCUCCACCCCUCCAUCCCCACUCGUCGCCGGAGCUCACCUGCGGACACCCGGCCCAGCGGAGACGAUUUGCGGGCGUUCUCUGUGGUCCUCCAUCGUCGACGCAGGAGCACACCAUGACGUCAGGGUACCAGGUCGCCGCUGAAGGGAGCUUCGGGUCGUGAGGAAGAAAAGGAGGAAGAGGAGGAUACUCCGCGGUGCUCGUUGAACACCUUUCGGGCUCGGGAUGGUGAGGAUGAGGAGGACGAUGAUGAUGGAGGAGGGCUGGCUGCUGAUAUUGCUGCUGGCGAUGCUCGCCAUUGCAGGAGGUAGCCUCGGGGCGGACACAGAGGAGCGCUUGGUGGAGCACCUCCUGAAUCCCGCCCACUACAACAAGCUGAUCCGUCCUGCCACCAACGGCUCUGAGCUGGUGACUGUGCAGCUCAUGGUGUCGCUGGCCCAACUCAUCAGUGUGCAUGAAAGAGAGCAGGUGAUGACCACAAAUGUCUGGCUGACACAGGAGUGGCAGGACUAUCGCCUCACUUGGGUCCCCGAGGAGUUUGACGGCAUGAUGAAGGUCAGGUUGCCCUCCAAACACAUCUGGCUGCCUGAUGUGGUGCUGUAUAACAAUGCCGAUGGUGUGUAUGAGGUGUCUUUCUACUCCAACGCGGUGGUCUCCUACGACGGCAGCAUUUUCUGGUUACCGCCAGCCAUCUACAAGUCAGCCUGCAAGAUCGAGGUCAAACAUUUCCCCUUCGACCAGCAGAACUGCACGCUGCGCUUCCGUUCAUGGACCUAUGAUCGCACUGAGAUCGACCUGGUACUUCGGGCUGACGUCGCCAGCAUGGAUGACUUCACGCCAAGCGGCGAGUGGGACAUCAUCGCCCUGCCGGGUCGGCGGAACGAGAACCCAGCAGACCCGGCCUACGUGGAUAUCACAUAUGACUUCAUCAUCCGCCGCAAGCCACUUUUUUACACCAUCAACCUCAUCAUCCCAUGCGUGCUCAUCACCUCCCUGGCCAUCCUGGUCUUCUACCUGCCGUCUGACUGCGGCGAGAAGAUGACACUGUGCAUCUCCGUGCUCCUGGCACUCACUGUCUUCCUGCUGCUGAUCUCCAAGAUCGUGCCGCCUACGUCCCUGGACGUCCCCCUCGUGGGCAAGUACCUGAUGUUCACCAUGGUCCUGGUCACUUUCUCCAUCGUCACCAGCGUGUGCGUGCUCAAUGUGCACCACCGCUCACCCACCACGCACACCAUGCCCCCGUGGGUCAAGGUGGUCUUCCUCAACAAGCUGCCCGCCUUGCUCUUCAUGCGCCAGCCCAGGAAUAGCUGCGAGAGGCAGCGGCUACGUCAGAGACGGAGAGCCCAGGAGCAGAAUGAGGGCGGGCGGAGCGGGGAGGCGGGGGCCCUGAUGGUGGGGCUCGGUUUGGGUGGCGGCGGUGGCGCGGGGACAGCAGGGGGGACUUCAACAGGAGUAUACGCCAAGGAGGACGGCGACCCUUGUACCUGCUAUGUGAACCGAGCGUCUGUCAAACAGUUUGGAGGUGAUCUGGCAAGCACGGGAGGGGGCUCCAUGGACAGUCUAAAUAGGCGGAGAGAAAACCGGGAGGGGGGCUCUGGGAACCGAGGGAAGCAAGCAGCAGGUGGUCAGGCUCUGACUCAGGCAAUCCUGGCUCAAGCCUGUCCGGGCUUUGAAGAGGCUGUGGAAGGAGUGCGCUUCAUCGCCAACCACAUGAAGAGUGAGGACGAUGACCAGAGUGUGAGCGAGGACUGGAAGUAUGUCGCCAUGGUGAUCGACCGCCUCUUCCUGUGGAUCUUCGUGUUCGUGUGCGUGUUCGGCACCUUGGGACGGCGCCCCGCCGCCCCGCAGGUGGGACGGGGUCGAACUGGAUCUGUGGGACAGGAAGUGAACAGCAAUCUUGGCCCCUUCAUAGAAAUGUUUAUCGCAACAUUUUUUUUUUUUCUUCUUGUAUGAGGAAGGGAAAACCGCUCUUACCUUAGCGGACUGACCCUCCCUGCUCGCCAUCAGUCCUCGCCACCUAACCCCGACCGCUUCAUUGGCUCGUGCCACCACCCGCCUACUUAAGCCACUUUCAGGUCACAAGGGGAAAGGAGGUUCCAAGCAUAUCACAGUUGUUCUGCAUUUGUUUAUCUGUCCACCAUGAACUGACACCAUAUGUUCUAUCAGUGCAACUGUUAAGAUGAACUGAUUUGAUGGUCUGUCGCUGUUUGGGUCGAAAGAAUGUAAAGGAGGAGACAAACAGAUGAUUAUGUUGAGAGAGAUGUAAGGGGAACCUUACAACAAGAGAGAACCACACCUCAUUGUUACUGGAGAUGGACCUUCCAGAAAAGAGAUUUGUAGGAAUCAUAAGGAGAGGAAUCGGAACAAGGAAACAGAGCUUUUAUGUGUGUUACCAGGUCAUUUACAUAAGUUAAGUCCACUAAUGUUGAAAUCCCAUCAUUGAUGUAAUGAUGUCAGUCCUCCCUUUCCUUGCCUCUCUUCCUCUUGUUCUAUUCCCUUUCUGGCCAUGCCACUUCACUUUCCUUUCCUUGCCUCUCUUCCUUGACUUCCAUUCCUUUCCUUUCUCAUUUCCUCACCAUCUAUUCAUCCAUCCAUUUUCUGAGCCGCUUAUCCUCACGAGGGUCGCGGGCGUGCUGCAGGCUAUCCCAGCUGACUCUGGGCGAGAGGCUGAGUACACCCUGAACCGGUCGCCAGCCAAUCGUAGGACAUAUAAACAGACAACCAGUCGCACUCACAUUCACACCUACGGGCAAUUUAGAGUCUUCAAUCAACCUACCACGCAUGUUUUUGGGAUGUGGGAGGAAACCGGAGUGCCCGGAGAAAACCCACGCAGGCACGGGGAGAACAAGCCAACUCUGCACAGACGAGGCUGGAUUUGAACUCACGUCCUCAGAACUGUGAGGCAGAUGUGCUAACCAGUCGUCCACUGUGCCGCUCACCAUCUAUUCCCCUUACUCAAAUUUCCUUAGCUCAUUUCAUCCAUCCAUCCAUUUUCUGUACCGCUUCUCCUCACAAGGGUCGCCAGCCAAUCGCAGAACUCAUUUCCUCUUUUCUGUUAUUUAAUUUUCUUGCCUCUUGUCCUUAUCCUGCUCACCUUUCCACCCCUCCUUUUCCCUCCAUUUUCUUACCAUGCCUCCUUUCCUCACUUUCCUUUCCUUGCCUCCAUUUUCCUCAUCUACUUUUUCCACCCCCCAUUUCCUCACCUGCCCCUUUUUCAUGACUUUCCUUUACACCACAUGGUCUUUCCCUCAUCCUCUAUCUUUCUUUUGUUGCCUGGCUUUCCUUUCCUUUCCUUGCUUGUUUUCCUCUCCUUAUCUCCUUUUCCUGCCCCUUAUUUUCUUUUUUUUUUGGCCAUUCCUCUUUUCCUCAACUCUUUUUUCUUUCAACUUAUUCCUUUUCUUGUGCUUUUUUUUGCCUGUUUCUCGUCUUCCCUCUCCUCUCGUCCUCACCUCCCUUUCCUCUGCACUCCUCCCCUUCCUUUCCUUGCUGCCCUUCCUUUCCUUCCUCCUCUUCCUUGUCCUCCCUGUGUGUAUGUACUGUAAGUGUACUCAUAUUCCAAUACAUGACCACAUCUACCAGACAAUUCAAUGCCAUAUGUUGCCCCCCCCAUCCCCCCUCCCCAAUUCUUUUAUUAAUCAUCUUUGACAUCCUCUUUCCAAACCCAUCCCGUCUGAUUGGAUUUUCAAAGCUAAAAGAAAAACAUUUCAUCUCGGGAUUGCCUGUUACUGUUAGAGAUCCACAUGGCUCGCAUGUCCUGCAGCAGACGAACGAAAGGCUUUUUUUUCUUUUCUUUCUCGGGCACAUGCUGUAGGGGAGGAAGUGCAGUUGAAUGAAUUUUUCAAUAAACAAGAGAGAAAUGACAGGAGGAUCAACCCUGGCGAAUGAGUCACAGCAGCCUAAAAGAUUAAACAACAAGAAGCAGGAAAGAGACCGACGGACACUGAAUUAUAUACAUUACAUUGCUAAAGUAUAACGGUGUGAUGUAGGCCUCUAGUAAGAGCACAAGUCAGCUUUUCACGCAGGGUUUGUAUUGCUGACAUUGGGGAAAAAGUCACUAAAUCAAAUUAAACUGUGAGUUUGACACUCACGCGGACUGUGGCGGAUGGGACAAUUUCGCGACGAUCCCUGAGGCCCCGGAGAAGUCUCUCGUUGACCCGUCCACUCUCGUUCCCUUUCUUCUCACUGAUGCUGCCAUUAUGAACCUGUCAAUCCUUUCACCUUCCCAGAUCCUGCACACCACCCACUCCAACAAUGGCAGUCCAAUAAAGGUUGUAGGUACAGAUUAUUUAAACAAUGCAUGUCUGUAGUGUUUUUGUAUGCUUCAUGCAACACACGUGCCACAUGCAUGCUGUAUAUAUAUUGGGGGUUGGGCCU